AUGUCCAAGCGAAUAAUCGUAACCGGCGGCUCCGGCAAAGCAGGCCAAUAUGUCAUUCACCAUCUUCUAGCCCAGGGCUACUCCAUCCUGAACCUCGACCUGAACCCGCUCCCACCACCACUAAACGAAAAAGUCCACACUUUGAAGGUAGACCUCACAGACAAUGGCCAAGUCCACGGCGCCCUCCUUUCACACUUCCGCCUCACCGAACCGUUUCGCGAACCCCAUCAGCAAGUCCCCGACGCCGUCAUCCAUCUGGCCGGAUACGCGCGCAACAUGAUCGUCCCUGAUACAGAGACAUACCGAGUCAAUGUACUCUCAUUUUACAACGUGAUCGAAGCGGCCUGCCGGAUCGGCGUGAAGAAGAUCGUCCUGGCGAGCUCCAUAACCGUGUACGGUGUUACCUAUGCAGAAGGGGAUGUCGAUUAUCCAUCUUUUCCCGUGGAUGAGGAUGUUGAUGCGAAUCCGAUGGAUGUGUAUGCUUUGUCUAAGGUCUGUGGGGAGCGUACGGCUCGGAGCUUUGCGCGACGGUUUGGCAAUGAUAUUUAUGUCAUGCGAUUAGGAGCGGUGGUUGGCCCGGAUGAAUUCCAAGAGAAGUUCGAUGGAUAUGUGGAGAGGCCGGAGGAGUAUAAAGUGCAUGGGUGGGCAUAUACAGAUGCAAGAGAUAUUGGACUGAUGUUUGAAAGAUGUCUGGUGACGGAUGGGCUAGGGUUUGAGAUUUUUAAUGCGGUCAAUGAUGAUAUUACUAAUUUCGCCGAGUCGACUAUGGCGUUCUUAGAGAAGAUGUGUCCGAACAUACCGAUUACGAGGCAGAUGGAGGCUAGGGAGGCUCCGGUCACGAAUAGGAAGUUGAAGCGGGUGUUGGGCUUCAAACAAACGUGUCACUGGCAGGACUUGUACAUAACAGCGGGCAAUCGAUAA